CACACCUCUCUUUUAGGGUUGUGAUUGUCCUACUACUUAAAUCAUUUGGGAUAUGAUUAAGAGUACUCUAUGAUUAAUACUCCCAGACAACUACAAUACACUAGCUAGCUACAAGUACCUAGCUAUCUAGACAGCAGCAGCAGCAGCAGCACAUAUUUGAGGCAGUGUUCUAUAUCUGGCCGGCCAGUCGCCAUGGAGUCCAAUAACGGCGGCGAGGGAGAGGGGGAUAUCGAUCUGAACCUCUCCCUGCAGCCGACGUUAGCGCCGGAGGAGCCGCUGGGCUACUUCUCCUGCACCUACUGCGACAAGAAGUUCUACUCCUCCCAGGCGCUGGGCGGCCACCAGAACGCCCACAAAUUCGAGCGCAGCGUCGCCAAGCGCACCCGGGAGCUGGCCGCCGCGCGCCGUCAGCAUAACCACGCGGCGGGCAAGGGUGCCGCCGAGGAGGCCAGCAGGAGAGGCACAGACGCGGGCAGCAAUGCUGAGGGGAGCUCCUCGCACAGGAGGGUGACGCUGUUGCCGGAGGCUGCUCGCCGGGACCAUCUCAUCGAGGAGAUCGACCUGUCCCUGAAGCUUUGAGCCUAUGAUCGAUACACGUACGUACUGAAAUUGGUUACUGCCAGUGUCACUGGAAACUUAUAUAUGGUCGAUUCGCUUAAGUAAUCCCUUAUCGAGUUCUUGUGAAUUGUGAUGUUGUUCUCUCACUAAUUAAGAGAGCUAAUUUCUUGAUUCAUUUGGUCAUGCAUCGAGUGAAACCAAGUUGAUCUUAGCUAGGGAUUCUUGUCGAUUAA